AGUGUUUACUGAAGGACCCCAGUCACUCACACACGUGUGUGUCUAUGUGCAGACAUGGCCGAUCUUCAGAUGAAGCUUCUUCGGAAGAAAAUUCAGAAAAGAAAUGAGAAGAAUAAAGAACGCAAGCUUAGACAAAAGCAAAGGGAAGAAGAAGAAAAUGCGUCUAAAGUAAUCAGUGAGGAUAUGCAUGCAGAGGCGACUGAAGAGACUCCAGCUGCAGACACAGAGCAGGAGAUGGCAGAUGGAAAUCAGAAGAGAGAAUCCACUCAGGGGGGCAGCGGCACACAAAACAGCACAAAGAAGAAAAAGAAGAAGCGGAAACUAAAUGAAGCAGGAGAGCCCACCAACAUGUCUGUGAAAAAGGCCAAACAGGAGAACAGUGACGGUGAUGGGGCUGGGCUCUCUGAGGGAGAAGAGGAACAGGAGAGUGCAAGAGAGGUAUUUAAGGAUGAAGAAUUUGUUGGUGAGAAAGGAGAUGAGGAGGAUGAUGAGGAGUGUGAUGGACCAGAGCUUCCGUCUGGACUGACAGGAGCGUUUGAGGAUCAGUCGUUUGCAUCACUGGUAGAGCUUGUGAGUGAGAACACACUCAGAGGUGUUAAAGAGAUGGGCUUCGAGAACAUGACUGAGAUUCAGCACAAAACCAUACGCCCCCUACUGGAGGGAAGAGACGUUCUUGCAGCUGCUAAAACUGGCAGUGGGAAAACUCUGGCCUUCCUCAUUCCUGCCAUUGAACUCAUCUAUAAACUCAAGUUCAUGCCCAGAAAUGGUACUGGAGUGGUGAUUUUGUCCCCAACACGUGAGUUGGCCAUGCAGACAUACGGAGUACUGAAGGAGUUGAUCACUCAUCAUGUGCACACAUAUGGCCUUAUUAUGGGGGGCAGUAACCGCUCAGCUGAAGCCCAGAAGCUGGCCAAUGGAGUCAACAUCCUGGUAGCCACCCCUGGGAGACUGCUCGACCAUCUACAGAACACUGCCGGCUUCAUGUAUAAAAACCUGCAGUGUCUGAUUAUUGAUGAAGCGGAUAGAAUUCUUGAGGUUGGAUUUGAGGAAGAACUUAAACAGAUCAUCAAACUGCUGCCAAAGAAGAGACAGACCAUGCUGUUCUCAGCUACACAGACGAGGAAGGUGGAGGAUCUGGCACGUAUCUCUCUGAAGAAAGAGCCUCUGUAUGUGGGAGUGGACGAUAACAAGGAUACAGCCACUGUGGAAGGACUGGAGCAGGGCUAUGUGGUAUGCCCAUCAGAAAAGCGCUUCCUGCUGCUUUUUACAUUCCUGAAGAAGAACCGCAAGAAGAAGCUGAUGGUGUUCUUCUCCUCCUGUAUGUCUGUGAAGUAUCACUAUGAAUUGCUCAACUAUAUCGACCUGCCUGUUAUGGCCAUCCAUGGCAAGCAGAAGCAAACGAAGAGAACCACCACAUUUUUCCAGUUCUGUAAUGCAGACUCUGGCAUCUUGCUCUGCACUGAUGUUGCUGCAAGAGGACUCGAUAUACCUGAGGUGGACUGGAUCGUCCAGUACGACCCGCCAGAUGACCCUAAGGAAUAUAUCCACCGUGUGGGUCGAACUGCUCGAGGUAUUAAUGGCAGAGGCCACGCCCUCCUCAUCCUCCGACCCGAAGAGCUCGGCUUCCUGCGGUUUCUUAAACAGGCCAAGGUCCCAUUGAGUGAGUUUGAUUUCUCUUGGAGUAAGAUCUCAGAUAUUCAAGCACAGUUGGAGAAGCUGAUUGAGAAGAAUUACUACCUGCAUAAAUCAGCUCAGGAGGCAUACAAGUCGUACGUGAGGGCGUACGAUUCCCAUUCCCUCAAACAGAUCUACGAUGUACAGACACUAAACCUCCCACAGGUGGCGCUGUCCUUUGGCUUCAAAGUACCACCUUAUGUUGACCUCAAUGUUCACAGCAGUAAAGGUGUAAAGCUGCAGCGGAGGGGAGGAGGUGGAGGCUUUGGAUACCAAAAAUCAAAGCAUGUGCAUAAGUCAAAGAUCUUCAAACAUGUUAACAAGGGCAGGGGAGACCGCAGACAGUUCUCCCGCUGAGUUUGACUUUUUCCCCUUAAAUGCCUUUUUAAUUUCCUAAAGUUCUUAAUGCCUCAAGAUACAUGGGAACAGAUGAUGAUGUUGCUUGUGGUUAUUUAUGCACAUACUUGUCUGCGUAUUUUGUAUGUGUAUGCCGAGAAGGUAUUGGAAAACUGAAUUUAGGUCUAUUUCCUUUCCACAUAACUAUGUGGAGAAUCUGUAAUACUAGAUUUGUAUGAACCUCCUUUAAUCUGUAUAUGACUAUUUUCCUGACUGUCCUCUUUUUACUGUUGAACUGAUGGCUUAAUUAAAGAAAUACUCAAGAACCCCCAA